CAGGGUCCCCGAAGAGGGAAGACACGAGGAAACAGGCUCCCCCCUAGACGCAGCAGCAUGCAUCUCCUUGGGCCCUCGCUCCUGCUCCUUGAAUACUUGGCCUUCUCUGACUCAUCUGAUUGGAACUUUGAGCACCCCGGCACCCUCUACUCUUGGGAAGGAGCCUGCAUCUGGAUUCCCUGUCGCUACACAAUUCCAGGGGGCAGAAGUAUGCUGGAAAACAUGACCCUGUACCACAAUUAUCAAUAUGACAAGACCCACAAGAGAUUCAAUGGGACCAUCCUCUAUGAGGCUGUGAAGGCUGGGGAGAUUCUGCCUCAACACGACAGGAUUAGAUUCCUGGGAGACAAAAGAUCCAACUGCACCAUACACAUCUACCCUGUGUCUGUCAAAGAGAGUGGCGGGCUUGGGCUAAGGAUGACAACGAAGAAUGACAAAUGGAUGGAGAAAAUAAACCUCAACAUCUCUAGUCUGCAUGUGGAGGCCAUCACAAAUGUAGGCUGGUCAGCAAAGCCAAGAAAGGCGUGGGGACCUAAACCGAUGAAGUUCAUUUGGGAUGGCGGAGCCAUCUCGAAAAUGUUUAGAGAGCAAACGUCAGGGAUGGGGAAUGAGCUCCCUCCAGAAAUCCACGAGUCCCAGGAAGUCACUCUGACCUGCUCGCUGAAUUUCUCCUGCCCCGGGUACCAGAUCCAGCUGAAGUGGUCCCUGGAGGAGCCUGCUGUCACCUCCACCCUCCUGAACACCAAGACCGUCUCCACACAGAGCAAGCUCACCUUCCAGCCGCAGUGGACUCACCAUGGCAAGAAUCUUUCCUGCCAGCUCUGGGACCACGAAGACAAGCAGAUACUCUCUGAGGAAACCGUGGGGCUGGAUGUAAAACAUGUCCCAAAGUUGAAGAUUGAGGCCAGUCCCAGAGGAGCCAACGUAACAGAGGGAGAGUCUGUGACCAUGACGUGCCAGGUCCUCAGCAGCAACCCCGGGUACCGGAAUAUAGCCUGGCUCAAGGACAGGAUCCCACUGAGGGAGCAGGAGACACUCACGCUGACUCUGCCCAGUGUGACCAAGGAGAUGAGUGGAAAGUACCGGUGUGAGGCCUCCAAUGAAAUAGGCUUAGGAUGGUCGGAAGAAGUGGUCCUUCAAGUAUAUCAUGCUCCGGAACCUUCCAGGGUGGAGAUCCUCUCUUCACCAGUUAAGGAGGGAGAUAAAGUAGAGAUGACUUGUGUGUCACUGGCCAAUCCUCCUCCAACAAAUUACACCUGGCAUCACAAUAACAUAACAAUGCCAGGAAGGACAAGCAAGACCUUCCAGAUCCCAGCAGUCCUCCUCAGCCAUGCUGGGCAUUACUCCUGCUCAGCAGAAAACAGACUUGGUCCUGGACAAGUUGGCCAGGAAGCCACGUUAGACGUCCAGUAUCCCCCCAAGGAGGUAACCACAAUGAUUCAAAACCCCACGCCAAUUCGAGAAGGAGACAGUGUGACCCUGUCCUGUAACUACAAUUCCAGUAAUCCCAGAGUUACGCGGUAUGAAUGGAACUUCCAAGGCGUCUGGAAAAACCCAUUACGCGAGGUGCUGAUAAUUGAGAAAGUUCGCUGGGAUGCCAGCCCAGUCUCCUGUGCAGCCUGUAACCAGUGGUGUUCGUGGGCUCCCUCUGUCAACCUGGAUGUCCAGCAUGCCCCAAGAGAUGUCAGGGUCCAGCAGAUCAGCACCCCUUCCGAGAUUCACUCCGGGCACCGAGUCCUCCUUAGAUGUAACUUCUCAAGUAGCCGCCCCAGAGACGUCCGCUUCUUCUGGCAGAAAAAUGGAAUCUUUCUGAAGGAAGGACAAGAACUGAGCUUUGACGCCAUUUCUCCAGAAGACGCCGGCAAUUACAACUGCUUGGUCAACAACUCCAUAGGACAGACCACGUCUGAGGGCAGGAUACUCCAAGUGCUGUGUGAGUGGCUGGAGCUGGAGACAGACAGAAGGAAGGGGAGGGGGCCGCCUACCUGGAUCCUGAUUUCGCUUCUCCUUAUAGAUGCGCCGAGGAGGCUGCGUGUGUCCAUCAGCCCUAAGGACAAAGUGAUAGAAGGGAAGAAGGUAGUCCUGACAUGUGAGGGCGACGCCAACCCUCCCAUCUACCGGUAUACCUGGUUUGACCAGAAUAACCAAAACCUCCAGCAUUACGAUCAGAUGCUGAGAUUGGAUCCCGUGAAGGUCCAGCAAACCGGAGCCUAUUGGUGCCAGGCGAUCAACCAGCUGGGCACAGGCCGAUCGCCCCCCAGCACCCUCACUGUGUACUACGGCCCAGAGACCAUCGGCAGGCAAGUGGCCAUCGGAGUGGGGUUCUGCCUGGCCGCCCUCCUCCUGGCAUUCUGGGGAGUCAAGCUUCAGAAAAUCUGGAAGAGGCUACGGAGCCAGCAGGGGGUCCAGGAAAAUUCCAGUGGGCAGAGCUUCUUUGUGAGGAAUAAAAAGGUUAGAAGGGCCCCGCUCUCCGAAGAUCCCCACUCCCUGGGGUGCUACAAUCCGGUGAUGGAAGAUGCCAUCAGUUACGCAACCUUGCGCUUUCCUGUUGGUGACGCUGACGCACCAGGAACUGGAGAUGCAGGAACCCCAGAGACAGAGGGACCUUCCCUAGAUAGGGACGGCACGGUCACUUACUCCGUGGUGCAGAAGCCUCGAGUGGGAGACUAUGAGAACGUGGUUUCGGAGAGUCCAGAAGAUGAGGGGAUACAUUACUCCGAGUUGGUUCAUCUGGGGAUCGGAGAGCGGCCUCUGGCCCGGGAAUCGGUGGAAUACGUAACCCUCAAGCACUGACAGGCGCAGCCUGUGGAGGCAGAGACGCCCAGGGACUGCGAAGGCCAGGGCUCCCCGAGCUUGCCCGGCCCUGUGCUCAGCUGCGGAGCUA